AUGAUUGGAACACAGUGCCGAUGCGGGCGCUCAACAUCAGCAACUUCAUUCGCGGUGCGUGUUGACCGGACUGGCCGCUGCUCGUUCACCACUCACCCGGACGCGAACCAGUUUUGGCUCUUACUUCAGAAGGAUGGCGGUGAUGCGCCGACCUUGGGUGCCGAGUGUGGGUGUCUGGAGGAUCGUCCUUCGUUCUAUGUUUUACCGUACCACACUGCAUUGUAUCAUAUCAUGUUUAUCUAUUACUUUCUGUACUGCUGCACCGGGUAA